GGUUAAUACGGGUACCACCCGUUACUUCUGCUGUCCAAACAUUUCGUAUAUCAUCUGCCAUGGCGCAUUUGACGGAUUUUAAUUUUCUCUGAUUCUCUUGUCAGCCCAAAGGUCAAAUUCAAUUAGCCGUGACGGCGACCAAAUAAAAGUUCUAAGUAUUCUUUGGAAUGGAAUGCUUCUGCUAGAAUCUCCCAAUGCGCUUAUCGUCACAACAUAACAUUUGUGUCAACAAACAAUAUCAACUAAUUCUCACCGCUUUUAGGUCCAAACCAAAGGACUCACAUUUCAAGUAUUGCUUCCAUUUGCUAGGGAAUAUCGAUCGAAUACCAACUUUAGUCGGCCGAUUUCCGAUAUAGCUCCAAAAUGUCAGACAAGGAGGCUCCCAUCGAGGCUCCUCCUCAAUAUGUUGCCCAUACACACUCCGACCAUGGCGAGAGCACGCACCAGCAAGAGCGCCCUAGUGGAAUAUUAUAUCGAGGGUUCAAAAUCUUUGGAAAGGAGGUUUGGUACGCGUCACCCAAGGUUCAGCUUAUAAUGAUAUCCUUGGUGUCUUUCUUAUGCCCUGGCAUGUACAAUGCGCUCAGUGGUCUGGGCGGUGCUGGCCAGCUCGACACCUCCGUCCAAGAUCACGCAUCCACAGCUCUCUAUUCCGUAUUCGCCGUUGUUGCCUUCUUCUCUGGCUCUUUCGCCAACAAGCUUGGUAUCAAGACCACUGUGACCAUUGGUGGUCUAGGCUACUGUAUCUACUCCGCUAGCUUCCUAUGCUAUAACCACACCAAAAAUGUCGGAUUCGUCAUUUUUGCUGGUGCGUUCUUGGGUCUUUGCGCCGGCCUGCUCUGGACUGCCCAAGGUGCUAUUAUGAUGGCUUACCCACCCGAGGAGUCCAAGGGCCGCUACAUUAGUUGGUUCUGGAUUAUUUUCAACUUGGGUGCUGUCGUUGGUAGUUUGAUCCCUCUUGGGCAGAAUAUCAACAAUUUUAGCGGCACCGUUACUGACGGCACCUAUGUCGGAUUCAUUAUUUUGAUGGUGGUUGGUGCUGGUCUGGCUAGUUUGCUCGUCGAUGCCGACAAGGUCAUCCGAGACGACGGUUCCAAGGUCAUCAUGAUGAAGAACCCUACCUGGCAGAGCGAGUUCAAGGGGCUGUGGGAGUGCAUUUCUCUUAGCCCUUGGGUUGUUGCUCUGUUCCCCAUGUUCUUCGCCUCCAACAUCUUUUACACCUACCAGCUGAACAUCUUCAACGGCGCCUACUUCAAUAUCCGAGCCCGCUCAUUAAACAGUUUGCUGUACUGGCUGGCGCAGAUUAUCGGCGCCGUCGUUGUAGGAUACGGUCUCGACUCCAAACGAUUUCGACGAUCUCUCCGCGCUAAGAUUUCCUUCGUUAUUCUCUUCGCUCUCACCUUCAUUAUCUGGGGUGGCGGUUACGCGUGGCAGAAGCCCCAGGUCAACCGAGCUACGGCCAUGAGCACAGACUAUGACCCGUACAGAAUUGACUGGAGUGACCGCAGCUUUCUCGGACCUAUGUUCUUGUACAUGUUCUACGGUGUAUACGACGCCUUUUGGCAAACUUGCAUCUACUGGUAUAUGGGAGCUCUCUCAAACUCUGGUCGAAAAACUGCCAACAUGGCUGGUUUCUACAAGGGCCUCCAGUCCGCCGGUGCCGCAAUCUUCUGGCGCUUGGACGGCAUUCACGUCGAAUACGACACCUUAUUUGCUGUAACGUGGGCUGUCUGUGCCGCGUCCCUUCUAAUCGCCGCCCCAAUUAUCUUCCUCAAGAUACAAGACACUACCGAUCUCGAGGUUGAUUUGAAGUUUAGCGACGAGACGGCCUCAGACGUUGUGCCAGGUGCCGCGGUCGAGCAAAAGAAUGCUCCUGCUACGGUGUAAAUACCUAAUCAUCUUAAAGCGAUUGAUGUUAAUGUUGGUCUUGUGGGUGAAAAAUGCAUGGGAAGGGGGUUUGGAGUGGUAAUGGGGCCCUACUACUUAUUAUGGCUGGCCGAUGGCGUAUGAUUAUACGUAGAUGAUACAUAAUUUUGAUGUGAAAUAAUGAAUCAGUACCUUGA